AUGAGGACAUCUCUGAAGCCAUCAUUGAGUCUUUGCAACGCUAUCGCAAGCUCUGUGCAAUCUGGCGUUCGGAGGUUGUUCACUACACAUCUCAGGUGUUUUUCGGUGUCUGUUAGUAAACAUCAAAAACACGGACCUCAUGUAGGUAUUGUAGGCAGUGGUCCUGCGGGAUUUUACACAGCGCAGCAAAUUUUGAAGGUAGGCAUUUUAAAUAAUUAUUAUUGCUUGUUCCCUUUCAGUGACUGGCUUCGGAAAAGGGCGUGUGUGUAGGGUGGAGGGAGGGGGGUACGUUCCCCCCUCCCCCUUUUUCCUUAUGGAGUCGGAAACUGACUGGUGUAUGUUAAUUUUUGCAGUCCCAUGAAGAUGCUGUGACUGAUGUUUAUGAACGUCUUCCUGUACCAUUUGGCUUAGCAAGAUUUGGAAUUGCCCCUGAUCAUCCUGAAACUAAGGUGAGGAUAUUUUAGUGUUUGCACACAUGAAGCAACUAGGAGUAUCACUACACUACUCCCCCAAUCAAAAUUUUCUAUUUGUUGACAUGCAAGCAUGUUCCCUGAGUUUCACCCAAAAAGUCCUCUGAAAGGACAUAGGGUUACUGGUUAGCAAAAUUGAAGUUAGUAUGUCCUUGGAAACUCAAAAUCUUUUUUUGCUGGAAAUUUAUGAAAUAUGUGCUGAAAUAUAAGAUAAGAAAAUAUCAAUCAUUUUUAUCAAAACCUGCUUAGAAAGGUAAAAGUCAACUGAAAUAACUCAAGGUGUUUUAGGUCUCACUUUGUGAGUUUGCUUGGAAGCUUCCAAAGUAUACCCAGUACUUCACAACAGAAUACCAGCUGGAGCUCUGAUGGGUGCUGGGUCUUAUUGAAAGCACUGUAUUUAGUUGAUUAACAGUAUGCCUUGCUGCUUCUUACUAUAGAAACUGAGAUAUACUCUUUCAGAUAUGUGAAUCAACUGUCUUGAGCUGUUUAUAGACUUAACUGUUUUAAAUCAAGUGAAAUGUCAGUGACAUGAUUUAGUACUCUUGUUAUGCAGAACUGUAUAAACCAGUUCACAACUACAGCCUCAUCUGACAGAUGUACUUUUAUUGGAAAUGUAAAUGUUGGAAAAGAUGUGAAACUUACAGAGUUACUCCAAGCUUAUGAUGCUGUUAUCUUGGUAAGAUAAAAAGAAUUUAGUUUUAUUAUUUACAUUAGGCAAUUUAAAACAGAUUUUAAAAAGAUAUUCAAAUCUAAAAUUAAAGUAUAACAUUCUGAAAACUCUAUUGGCUACAGGUGUUUUGCGAGAAAUGUGGUUUGUACCUAGCAUUGUGAAUUGAUGAUCAUUCAGUGUGACUGUCUGGGCAAGGAUAUUUGUGGGAAGCACUUUUGUUGGGAGUAGUGACUGAAUUAGAUGAUCUCGAGACCCAGCUUGAGAUCAUCAUCAGCAUGUAUUUAUAUUCAACAUAUCUAUGUGUUCAUCUCUUUAUUUUAAAUCAAUGGGAACUAGUGUAUACUUAAGCAACACUAUCAUCCUAAUGACAGUUGAUAGGAAUUCAUUCAGUGAUAGAACAAUCCUGAUAAGCAAUUUUAAGAUGUUAUGAUCAUAUGUCUCUUGUCAAAUGAUUUCCCUGGGUUUGCAGUGUUAUGGAGCAGAAGAUGACAGAACAUUUGGAAUUCCUGGUGAGGUAACAUGUCAUUUUUUCUUAAUCUGAACAGGAUAUUUCUAAUGCUUGGUUGCCCGGUCAGUAAUCCACCUAUUCUGUGACAAUUUGGGAAUAAUUAGUCAUGUGAUAGUUUAGUCUGAUGGUCUGGGUGAGUGUAGUCCUGGGAAGGAUUUUUUCAGUAGUCAAUUAUAAUUAUGGUAGUACAGAAUACUCAUAUGUACUUACAACUUCAUAGGAUUUACCUGGAGUAUAUUCAGCAAGAGCAUUUGUGGAAUGGUAUAAUGGAUUACCAGCUAAUUCUCAAGUAUGUAAUUUUAUUGCUGUUUCCUCAUGCUACCCUGCCCUGCAGUUAUUUAUAUGAUCAAAUUUAAUUAAACAAAAGCUAAACUUACUCCAAAAUACACUUAAUUCCAAAUGUAUAAAUCUUAAACUGUGUACAUGAAUACCACAUGAUAAUGAUUUCCAGUGACUGAGUUAACAUUGUGCAUAAUACAAAUUUAACAUUGGUAAAUUCUCUUUUCAUUCUAUAUUCCAGAAUUGUAACAAUAAAGUGUAUUUGUUAUACCUUUAACUCCCAAGAUCUGAUUGUUAAUUCUCCCCUCUAGCUGAUACACAUUUCCUUGUUAAUUAGUUACAAGAAUUUGGUGUUCAAUCAAGAUAAUACCUUGUACCUGAUGAGUUUGAGUAUUCUCAUUACCUGUUCGCUGAAUAAUGUACGGAAACUAUAAGGAGAAGUUACAUGUUUAUCACUUGGAGUUAAAGGGUUAAUCAGUGAGACAUGAUCAAAUAUUCCAAGUAUAUUUGGCCACCAAUCAAAAUAAAAAUGUUUUUUUAUUUGAACUGAGGUACCUGAGGGACAAACACAUUUAUUUGCUUAUAAAUUAUAAGUUUAUGUCUGUUUUGUGGUCUCUCUCUAUUUUUCUGUUUUGCUAAUUGAAUCCACUGUUUACAGUUAGAACCAGAUCUGAGCUCAGAAACUGCUGUCAUAUUGGGUCAGGGUAAUGUUGCUCUUGAUGUUGCAAGGAUUCUACUCAGUCCAAUAGAACUUUUAGAGGUAAUUAAUAACAAGCAUUCUGUCAGCUUUUCACAUCUCUGUUACUUCCAAACAUAAAGAAUAAUGGGCUCUGAUAAAUGUGAUACACAAGAGUAAUCUUAAAUGUGUAUUUUUUUCAUUUCAUUGAGCAAUGUUUCAGUAAAAUUUUGAAAGGACUUAAGUGCUAUGCACUUUGUCAGGUUUUAAACUUUUCAAAAAGAAACCAAAGUGGUUCCUGAACCUCCAAUGGUUUGUUGUGUGUGUUGAAAAUCAAAUCAAAGCAUCCGAAUAAGGUCUCUUAUCAUCAUACAUCUCAAAAUGUAAUUUUAAGUUGACCAAUUAAAGUUGGUUAAAAAGCUCUGAUACAGACAAUUAUUAACCAGCACAUACCAUCAUACAGAGAAAUUCUUUGAAAAAAGAAAAUAGGCUUAGCCUAGUGACUUUUAAAAUUUUGGUAUUUCUUCCUAUCUUACACCUUUGUUAGAAGACAGACAUUUGUGAUCAUGCCUUGGAACUGUUGAAGAAGAGCCAAGUAAAGACAGUUUACAUUGUGGGAAGAAGGGGCCCUCUGCAGGUGUGUGUAACGUAGCAGCAAAAUCAAAUGCACAUUUUGCUAAUUUUUUAAAAUUUGCCAUUUUGUGAAAGAGUUUUCAAUGUAACGCAGUCAAUGAAGAAGGAGAGGUAAAUUCUGCUACUGGGUGAAAGAUCAGUGUUGUUAUUGAGUGAAUGACUCAGGCAUGCUUGGAAAAAAAAAUCCAAAUGCUCCCUAUAAGACUCAAACUUUUUACCUUGUGAUUAGUACUUCAGAUCUCCUACUGCUGAGCUAUAGAAAACUUGUGUGGCAGGCUUGGCUGUUUACCUAGGCCCACAGUGACAAACAUCCUGCAUGCUGCUACAAUAUGAUUUCUUGUUCACAUAUUGAGAAGCACUUGGAGUUCUUUUUCUCCAAGUAUGCCUGUGACAUUAACUGAAUAACAUCAUAUUUUUACUUAAUAAUCGUUUCAUCAGGCUUAAAUAAAAUUUACCAUCUUCUUUUACAUCAGUAUAGACACUGUUGGUAUAGAUUUCUUGAUUUGUUAAUUGUUUUUAAUUUUUUGCUCUCCAGGUUUCUUUCACUAUCAAGGAAUUACGUGAAAUGACUAAGUUACCAGGUUGUAAAGCUAUAUUUAAUCCUGAAGACUUCAGAACAAUACAAGAAAAGCUCUCUAGUAGGUUGUAUUUUCAAUUUAAGCUUCUGGUUAAGGAAAUAUCUGGAAGCUUUUUACGCUGUUAUGGCAAUGUGCUUUGUGACCUGUCUGAAGAAACAUUUCGUUGGCGUUUUAUUGGCUGGCGGCUAUAAGAAUCUAUGUAUUAUUUAAAGAUUUUUCCACCAAAUUUUCAGGCUUAAUUUUGUUUGAUUCAUGUUCUUUAUAGGUAUUCCAAGACCUCGAAAAAGACUGACAGAACUGAUGUGCAAAACAGCAAUGUAAGUUAAAUGAACUCUACCAAAUACCUCCUUUUAACUGAUACGUUAAUUUGGACAAUCUUUGUUUUCUUUUUCUUUUAAAGAGAUGGAGGUACCUCACAAAAUUCAACGCACAAAACUUGGGGGCUUAAGUUUCAGCGGACUCCCGUGGAGUUUCUGUCGGCGUUAGGAAAAAUAUCAGGAGUAAGAUGUGAAGUUAACAACUUAGUUGAGGUAAAUAUCCGAAAGUAAUCUGGGAUUACUUCGGACUUGCCUUACUUCGCUGGCAUGUGAUUGGUCCAGAAAAUUCGCUCCAUCCUCCCAACCAAUCAGAUUCAAGACGAAACCAAUCUUUACUAGGCCACUCGUGUUUCCUGGGCGUCAAGUUGUUUGCUAGUUUUAACUAUUAACUAUUCUUUUCUACCGAUCUACUCUUGCGUUUACGACACUCACUCGAAAUGCGCUCCAUGAAUUAAUACAGUAUGGUUUGUUUGCAUGCAGCAGGGUGAUGGAACAUUUCAAGCCCGUGGCACUGGCAUUUAUGAGGAUUUACCGUGUGGCUUGGUGAGAGAUUGUAAAAUCCGUAGACUACGAGAAGUUUCUCCCUUUCUGCGAAGUCGUGUCGUGUGAGUAAAAAAACUCACUAAAGAAAAUUGAUGUUAGCGCGCUGUGUGGAACUCUGGGAAUGAAGUACACCUACUUUUCGCGCGCCUCACCUCCAGAGUUCCGCGCAGCGCGCAAUCAUCAAUUUUCUUUCCACUGUUUUUUUUUUCCACUGGCGCGACGGACGUUGCCUGAGAGAGACUGCUCGUACUGUAAAAAAUUUGUAAUUAUUCCAGUUAGUGGCGAGUUAUUGCUAAUUUUACGGUGAAAUGAAUCAACUCACUUGUGUUUUUCUUUCUCGUUCGGCUUGUUUUUUUGGCUUCUCCUCGCAAAGUAAGUGCUUGCUAAGUGCUCGCUAACUGAUUUGUCGGUAUUUUUUAUCUCAGGUUUUUCGUAGCAUUGGAUACAAAAGCAUCCCACUUGAUAACGAGGUUCCGUUUGACAGGAGGAAAGGUGUCAUCCUCAACAUUAAUGGAAGAGUAGUUGAUGCAAGUAAGCAAAAGUACAAAAAUUGACGCCAUUAUUGUUAUCAGCAUAAGAGUACUUUUAGAAUAAGUGUCGUAAAACCAAAACAAAAGUAAUCACAACAGCCAGUCAUAUCAAGGAAAAUGUCUCAAAGAGCCAGAGAAAAUUCCUGCGAAGUAAAACCAAGCAAACUGCCUGAAGCGCGGGAAAACACGAGUGACAAAAUCUGAGUGGUUGAGAAAGUGGCGCAAGUUUUUGGCACAAACACACAACAAAAUGAAGCAAAACCAAUCGAGAAUAACUUUCGGUACUCCGUCGAAAAUUUUUAUAAUGUAGAUUUGACUGUUUAGUAUGAGAUGUUUUCGUCGUUGUUGUCGUGCUCUUUUAUGUUCUGGUGUGAGAUUUUGUUUGUAGUGAAAGAGCAGCGCCCAUGAUGUAACAUGCGAAGCGACCCGAUUGGCGCGAAUUUUUUUACUGAGCCGUCGGUACGCAAGAGUGCUGAAAUCCAAAUUGUUGCUAAUUGUCUGUGAAGCACCGACUUUCACAUCUCCAACGAAGAUUUCUUGGUGGUGAUGUUGGCUGAUCUGUGCAACAGGAUGCACGGUGCGCUAUAAGGAGAUCGCCUCAAGUUAAUUUUUUUGUAUUAAAACAAACUCUUUCACUCGUUCAUUAAUUAUUACUUUUUUCCUCCGAAGACAAUACUGGAACGUCCGACAAAGAUGUGGCUUUAAUUCCAGGUAAUGCUUUGACAAAAUUCCAAGUUCCUAAGACCGAUUUGGGUGGGCUUACACUUUCGAUAGCGUGCCUUUGUGGCGUUUUUUUUUUCGCGUUUCCAUUACCGAACCUUUAUUAUCAACUUCUAUAAAGAGAACACGAACAUGUUGGAUCAUUUUGGCCAAACGCUACCAUCUUUCGAAUAUUUUUUCAAGCGUGUCAGACAAUCGCCAUUAAAUCAAGUUAAAUGUUUGACUAAACGUUUGAUAAAGUGAACAGACACUUAAGCAGUGCAAAAAACCACAGACUCGCAGGGAGUUGUAAGGAUGACUGUGUGUAGCACGGAUUGCAAUGACGAUCGGGAAACUUUCAGGCAAAGUUUUUUUCGAAUGGAUAACCCCGCAUCGUUUGCCUGUUUGUGAUUGUUUUGUCACGUUAGGUCUGUACUGCAGUGGCUGGGUGAGAAAUGGACCUGUAGGUGUCAUUGCAACCACAAUGAACGAUGCCUUCCAAACAGGAGAGCUUGUUGUACAGGAUCUAAAAUCCGGUGAGUUUUCCUCAAGACCUACUCAUCAGGGAAUGAAUGACUGGUAGGGAGAGGAAAAAGUUGUGUUCCAACCAGAGUUUUCUUUUAUCUGUCUCCCUUGAAUUGAAGGUAACUUAAAGACAAAAGUCGAUCCAGUUAAGGGAUACGAGGCGAUAAAAAGCUUACUAAACUCAAGAGGUAAGUGCGGAAGAUGAGUGACCAGUGCAUUUGUGGAGUAGCCCGUACAAGGGUUUUCAGUGUUAGACGGUUUGCAAAAAUAGCGUAGAGCGACGCAAAGGGGAGAUUUGAGCUGGGUUACACAACCUGUCCAAGACCUCCCUCCGUUUUUCUUUCUGCGUUGUUAUUGAGGCCUGUUUCACACUAACCCCGUUUACAGACCAAUCCUUUGGAACGAUACAUUUUUCGGGAAGGUCGUAGAAAUUAUCCCUAGAGCCUCAGUGUCCACUACCAGAGACACUGACAUAUGACAAUGCCUUAAACCCUCUAGGGCGACUGCUAUCUAAUUUCUCACCAAGAUAUCACCGCUGAAUCAAACAUUAGGCUCAUGAGAAUUAAGGAAAUGAUCGCAGAUUUGAAAAGCUCUCGAUAUUUGUGUAAAUUCUCAUCGUUAGUGUCAAAGGAAAUGUAUAAAAAACAGUAUGAGGGAUAUGUAUGCUGAUGUUUGGGUGUAAAGGGUUAAGAUAAUCUUUCUCUUGACCUUUCGGUACAUGGAUUGAAAUAUAUGCGUAUAUAUCCUGUUCAUUUAUUCAAAGUUUCUAUCUGUUUUUUUUCUCCUUUUCCAGGGGUCAGACCUGUGUUCUUUGAUCAAUGGCGCAAAAUCGAUCAAGUUGAACAAAAGAGGGGAAAUGAACGCGGAAAACCUCGCGAAAAGAUCGUUCAUGUGCACGAAAUGUUGAACAUUGCUUAUGAACUUGAAAAUAAGGGAAGCUAGCAAUGGCUGAACUUGUUUUCGGGAUACUGCGUUGAAAUUAUGAGGAGAACUUACAGGUUAAUUGAGAGAAUCAAAGGGCUCAGGCAUCGUUGAAGUGUUCAAGCGGGGAUCCUAAUGGGGCGAUGGUCUUGAAAAAUGAAUUAAGAAACGUCAAAUACUAGAAAAAAAUGUAAAUCAAACUUGCUUGCGGAAGCUUCAAAUAAUUUGAGUACAAGAAUACA